CUUUUUGAAAGCAACCAGAUUUCUUCAUUUCAAUGUAUUUUAAAUGCGGAAAUGACACAAAGAUCAUCCAGCAUCUUAUCUGUCUACUAGCAUGGUGUCAAGCUGUAGAAACAUUAACAGAACUAACAAAUUUGGGACAAAAUGUGUCCAUAAACUGUGAUCUUGAAGAAAAAGAGAUUUAUUGGAUGCUACUGAAACUACCAAAUCGUCCUGUUAUGAUAUUGCGGUUAUUCUCAACUUCUCCAACUCCUUUUUACUACGAUGCAAGUUUCAGACCCAAAUAUUCUGUGCACCCUAAACAUCAUCUAUUUAUAAAAAAUGUCACUCUUGAUGAGUUAGGCGUUUAUUACUGCAUGACCACAGAGGCACCUCCAAAAUUCAGCAACGGCACAAGACUUCACAUCAUUGAACCAACUAAACUACCUGAGUGCCAGAAUCACGCUGUGGUGGAGUAUAUUGAGCAGAAUCAUACGGUGGUGAAUUUUACUGACCAAAUUCAGAGAGCUUGGAUGAUUAUUGUUAUCUUAUCUGGUCUGAUGCAUGGUGUUCUGGUCUUUGUGGUCAUUGGUGUAUGUUGCUACUCUGGAGAAAAAAUAAAAAGACAAGAAGAAGAUUUAGAGGGGACUCAGUUUAUGCCUCUGGAACUACUUCAAGAGCCAAAUGCAAUGGUGAUACUGCAGCACUGUUUGGAAAUUGUGCUGGGUUUCUUGAUGCCAUAUGGGCUGAUCAUUAGCAGUUACAUGUGUAUCCUGCGCAGAAUUCGCAAGACACGAUUUCGUAGGCACAUCCGAAGUGAGAAACUCAUCCUGGUGAUCGUCAUCACCUUCGGCUUGACCUGGCUUCCUUUCCACAUCAUGAAUAUGGUGGAGCAAAUUAGGAAAAAAAGUUCUGGACCAGUUCUUGGCCAUACCGCUGAGAAGGGUCCUUCAAGCAUGCAACACAAUCUGGCACCACGAUCCAGAACCGGUGAACCUGCAUGUCUGGCUGGUCUGCGGAGCCCGUCACUGCCAGAGAUUGUGCCACAGCAAGAGUUAGACACAAUCACUGAGGCACAGACUCCCUCUACCAGUUGUUGCUUUCUCUGUGUAUUCGCAGUGGUGAUAAAUAAUGUGUCUCUACAGGUCAUAGUAGAGGGUUUUAUUGGUGGUUCUGUUGUCCUGCCGUGUUCUUCAACUCAACAUGACCUUGAACUUCAAGACAUUAAUGUGCACUGGAGACACAAUGGCAGCAAAUAUGUUUAUGAUAUAACUAAAUGUAAAGAUUCACUAGAGCAACAGGACCCACGGUAUAAGAACAGAGCGCAAACUUUCCCUGAGGAGUAUGAGAGAAGAAACUUCUCCAUCAAACUCAUCAAUCUCACUCGCGCUGAUGCAGGAGAGUUCAGCUGCUUCAUCACACACUCAUCUUAUUCUAAACAGGAGACUGUACGGCUGUUCAUUAACGAAACAACAGGAAAACAAUCCACUGAAGAAGAAAACCAAGUACCAGAAACACAGACAGACUGGUGGAAAAUAUUAUUAAUCUGUUUUUGCAUUCUUUUAUCUGUAAUAAUUUUCCUGUCUAUAGGCUAUUUCAUGAUUCGCUGGAGAAAAAGAACUCAAGCUCCCUUAGAAGGACAAGUGUCAAACUGCUUGUUCUUAUUGUAUAGCAGAAUGAGAUCUUAAAACACUUGAACAGUGUCAGUCCUGUCAAUAUGUUGCUGCCUUAACGAUUCUGUACCACAAGUGUGUUUGCCAGAGUAAAUGUAUUUUGUAUUCUUUAUGUAUUUCUUGAUUGUUAAUAUUAUUACUGCACAUCAGUUACAAAUCUGAUUCAUUAAUUCCUAGUUACACAUCAGUCCAUUUAAUUAUUUCUGUUUACGUACAGUGUGCUCAAAGGUAAAACGGUGCUCACAGUUGAGAUUAUUAUACGGCUCUGCAGGCUGUUGUCAGAAGAAUA